UUAAAAAUUAUAAAAAAAAAUUAUUAUUGCGGAAAAUAUAAAAAUGUUGUUUUCUUUAGUGGCCAAAUUAGUUAGUGUCUCCGCUUAUUUUUAUUUUUGCCCAUGCUUCCGAAAAUGACGUGAGUUACUUGAACUCCAAUGCUAACAGUUACUAUAAGCAAAAUGAUAUUUCUCUCCACCUAAAACAAGAACGGGCCAUCUCUUAAUUAAUUAAUAUAAUCAAAUUAUCACACAAUAAAUAUGUUAAAAUUGCACAAAACUAAAAUUUGUUGAUAUUUUGCAAUUCAAUUUGUGAAGCGCAACGUUUAGCACUCUGCCACCAACAUGACGAUGUGGCAGAGUGGUGGCAUGGGAGGCCAUGGUUCCCAAAAUAAUCCAUGGAUGAAAUUAAUGGGCAUCGUGCAUAAGGAACGCCGUCAUACCGACAAUGUGCAAAGCCAAAGUGGUUCAAAUGAACGGAACUUAAAUCAGUCUUUACCCAAAUUGAGCAGUCAAGACGAAGAAGGGGGGGCAGGUCAUGGUUAUGGUGGCGGCCCACAACACUUUGAACCCAUUCCUCACGAUCAUGAUUUUUGCGAAAGAGUCGUUAUAAAUGUAAGCGGGUUAAGGUUUGAAACACAAUUAAGAACGUUAAAUCAGUUUCCGGACACGUUACUAGGAGAUCCAGCUCGGAGAUUACGGUACUUUGACCCGCUUAGAAAUGAAUAUUUUUUUGACCGUAGUCGACCGAGCUUCGAUGCGAUUUUAUACUAUUAUCAAAGUGGUGGUCGACUACGGAGACCGGUCAAUGUCCCUUUAGACGUAUUUAGUGAAGAAAUAAAAUUUUAUGAAUUAGGUGAUCAAGCAAUUAAUAAAUUCAGAGAGGAUGAAGGCUUUAUUAAAGAAGAAGAAAGACCCUUACCGGAAAAUGAAAAUCAAAGAAAAGUCUGGUUACUGUUUGAGUAUCCAGAAAGUUCGCAAGCCGCCAGAGUCGUAGCCAUAAUUAGUGUAUUUGUUAUUCUGCUAUCAAUUGUUAUAUUUUGUCUAGAAACAUUACCCGAAUUUAAGCAUUACAAGGUGUUCAAUACAACAACAAAUGGCACAAAAAUCGAGGAAGAUGAGGUGCCUGAUAUUACAGAUCCUUUCUUCCUUAUAGAAACGUUAUGUAUUAUUUGGUUUACAUUUGAACUCACUGUCAGGUUCCUCGCAUGUCCGAAUAAGUUAAAUUUCUGCAGGGAUGUCAUGAAUGUUAUCGACAUAAUCGCCAUCAUUCCGUACUUUAUAACAUUGGCGACUGUUGUUGCCGAAGAGGAGGAUACGUUAAAUCUUCCAAAAGCGCCAGUUAGUCCACAGGACAAGUCAUCGAAUCAGGCUAUGUCCUUGGCAAUAUUACGAGUGAUACGAUUAGUUCGAGUAUUUCGAAUAUUUAAGUUAUCUAGGCAUUCGAAGGGUUUACAAAUUUUAGGACGAACUCUGAAAGCCUCAAUGCGGGAAUUAGGUUUACUUAUAUUUUUCUUAUUUAUAGGCGUUGUACUCUUCUCAUCAGCGGUUUAUUUUGCGGAAGCUGGAAGCGAAAAUUCCUUCUUCAAGUCCAUACCCGAUGCAUUUUGGUGGGCUGUCGUUACCAUGACAACCGUUGGAUAUGGUGACAUGACACCUGUCGGCGUCUGGGGUAAAAUCGUGGGAUCACUGUGUGCCAUUGCUGGUGUCCUGACAAUCGCUCUCCCGGUACCAGUUAUCGUCAGUAAUUUCAAUUACUUCUAUCACCGCGAAACGGAUCAAGAGGAGAUGCAGAGCCAAAACUUUAAUCAUGUUACUAGUUGUCCAUAUUUACCUGGUACAUUAGUAGGUCAACAUUUAAAGAAAUCAUCGUUAUCUGAAUCCUCAUCGGAUAUGAUGGAUUUAGAUGAUGGUGUUGAGUCGACGCCAGGAUUGACUGAUACCCAUCCUGGUCGUUCGGUUGCUCCAUUUUUAGGAGCACAACAGCAGCAAAUGCAGCAGCAGCAAACAAUUGAUAAGCAACAGCAACAGCAGCAGCAGCAACAAAUACAGUUGCAGCAACAGCAACAAAAUGGCUAUAAGCAAUCUCCAAUGAGUGUUCCCGGCGGUAAUAGCCUAACAUUAAGGCAUAAUAAUGCUUUAGCCGUUAGUAUCGAAACCGACGUUUGACUACUGGUAAAAAAGACGAUACGUGCUCUAAUUUGGCCUUGUGAAAUGUUACGUUGGAUGCCAGAAACGACUACAAAUGCUGUUUGAAUUUAAGUUUAAGUAGAACAAAUAAAAACAAAUUAACAAUUUAAAGAU